CCGCCCUCUUCCCGCUCUCUCGCCUGCACAUUGACCUGCAAGCAUCCUCAAUUCCCUUUUAAGCGCACGCAAGUCGACGCGCCCCCAACCCUGGUCCCAUCCGCCCUACGCUCCCCAGAUACGUACGUUGUCCAGGCCUUGUGGUAAGCCUGGGCUUUUGUUCUAGCUUGGGGCUUGAAACUUCCGUUCGAUACUCCUCAACCUAUCCCGCUCGCUUGCGCAAUGGCUGCCCCCGAGGCGCCGAGGCAGUAUGUUCCUCUAACCUGCCACGGACAUUCGCGUCCGGUCCCCCAUAUCAGUUUCUCGCCGUUGGAAAAGGACGAUGCGUACUAUUUGAUCUCCGCUUGCAAGGACGGCAACCCCAUGCUUCGAGAUGGCCAGACAGGUGACUGGAUCGGCACUUUCAUCGGCCACAAGGGCGCAGUUUGGCAGGCUAGGCUGAGCCCCGAUGCUGCGACUGCGGCUACGGCAUCUGCUGAUUUUACCGCGAAAAUUUGGGAUACGCAUACCGGCGAGCUUCUCUUCACUCUCCAACACGAUCACAUCGUCCGCGCUGUUGCCUAUCCACCCGACAAUUCUGACCUUGUGGCGACCGGCGGCAUGGAGAAGCGGUUGCGCAUCUUCGACCUGACGGAGAUGAAACCGAAAUCGAUUGCCGAAUCAGCCGCGAAUGGCGGUACCGCUGAACCCGCGACCGUGCCGCCUACCAUACCAGCUUCCUCUGCCUUCGAGAUCGGUGCUGGCAUUCAUACGGCCUCUAUAAAAUUCAUCGUCUGGACUAGAGACCCAAACACGCUCAUUACGGCCUCGGACAAUACCCUGCGCUGGUUCGAUCUGCCUACCCGAAGUGUCAUAAAGCAAGAGGUGUUGGACGGGGAGAUCGGCUCGUGCGAAUUUUGCGCCCUCGCCCCUGACUAUACCUCUCCCACCGACGUCGGAAAAGGCCUACCGGUUCUCGCGGUAGCUGCUGGGAAGUCUAUCUAUUUCUGGGGCGGGCCGCAAGCGAUGGAGGAGCUCAAGCGGAGGAAGAUGGAUUACAAGGUGGCCAGCGUCGCCUUAGACCCCAAGGGCAGGAAAAUUAUCGUGGGCGAGGACAACCCAGCGACAUGGGCUAGAGUGUACCGCUGGGACGACGACGCCGAGAUAGAUGUUCAUAAGGGCCAUCACGGUCCUGUCUGGUCGGUCGCCUUCUCUCCAGACGGGAAGCUGUACGCCACCGGCUCGGAAGACGGAACGAUCAAGAUGUGGAAGAACUGCGAGGGAUUCUACGGACUCUGGCGCGGAGGCGCCGGUGCCGGGACGGAGAAGAACGCCGAGUAGGGCCGGGCAUCUUCUCGGUACCCGUCUAGCGGCUCAAGCCGACACGGCAUGGACGCUUCGACCGACUCGGCUACGGAGUCGCCUUGGGAAGUUGUCCCCACCUGCACCUA